GGGCAGUGAGGAGAGAGGGGGGAGAGAAAGAGGGGAUCGGAUUGAAAACAGAUCAGUCUGAAGAUCUCACCACCGCAUGUCUGUAACAACUGACGAUUAAAGUCUAGUCUUACUUUAAAAAUUACAGCCGCGUAUUCUUUCGAAAACACGCAAUGCGCAUUCUCAUGAAGAAUCUCAAAAGGGAAUGAGAGAACUUUACCACUUGAAGAUGAUGGAUUGUAAAAAAUAGAUGCGAGUAAAUGCGCUCCACCGAAUUAAAUUACUUCUGCCGAGGGGAUGCCAUGUUGCAAACUUUGAGCAGAAUUUCUAACUUUUGUUCAAGUGCACGUCAAUGGAUUUUUCUCAAGGGGACAUAUUCGAUCUAAGCGGUUUUGAUUGAAAAAGUACCGUUUUUGUCCUAUUUCUCCCGGUUGUUUGCGGAGAGUCAUCGGACAAAGUGAAAAAGAGCACCCGGGUCCAAGAAACUGUUCAAGUCUCUCCACUGUCCACCAUGGAGGCCUCUGCUCCGACAGCCACCGAGAAGAACAAGCAUAAGGGAUCAGGUAUGGAUGGAAGCAGCUUCUCAGACCUGACGAAGAAAUCCUCUCCAACUACGGUGACCAGAGGUCCUCACCCUCUCUUCCCCACGUUCCACACACCGAUCCCAAUAGACAUGCGUCACCAUGAGGGGCGGUACCAUUACGAGCCACACCCCCUCCACGCCAUGCAUGGACCUCCGGGCCUAGCGGGCAGCCCGGUUAUCUCGGACGGCAUCUCCCUGAUCCGUCUGUCCCCUCAUGCCGCCGGGACGGGGGAGUCGCCGUUCAGCCCCCCUCACCCUUACGUCAACCACCACAUGGAGCAGUACCUGAGGUCCAUGCACAGCAGCCCCACCCUGUCCAUGAUCUCCGCCGCCCGCGGACUCAGCCCUGCAGACGUUACCCAUGAGCACCUGAAGGAGCGCGGCCUGUUCAGCCUUCCCCCCCCUCCUCCGGGAGCCAACCCCACAGAGUACUACCACCUCAUGGCCAGUGGCAGGAGCACCUACGGGGACCUCCUCAUGCAGAGCGGCGCGGCGGCGGCACACCUGCCCGACUACAUCAGCCCAGUAGACGUGUCACGGUUCUCCAGCCCAAGACUCACACCCAGGCUGAGCCGGAAGAGAGCCCUGUCCAUCUCCCCUCUCUCGGACGCCAGCAUCGACCUCCAGACCAUGAUCCGCACCUCGCCCAACUCCCUGGUGGCCUACAUCAACAACUCGCGCUCCAGCUCUGCAGCCAGCAGCUCCUACGGACACCUGUCGGUCAGCGGUAUCAGUCCCUCCUUUACCUUCCCCCACACCAUCAACCCCAUGGCCUACCAGCAGCUGCUUAACCAGCAGAGAGGCCUGAGUGCGUUCGGCCACACCCCUCCCCUCAUUCAGCCUUCACCCUCCUUCUCGGCCCGGCAGCACGCGCACGCCCUGGCCGCCUCAACCCUCAACACUGCCUACAACUCAUCCAGCUCCGAUUCCAACCAGAAUGCUGGUGGUGACCCUGCGGUGAGCAGCACAGUCAACCCCAUGAUCACCAAGAGACACAAGGUCAAGACAGAAGCAGAGGGUCCUCGGCCCAUUUCGCCAUGCUCUCAGGAGCACACCCUGGAUCUGAGCGAGGAGCUGGACAAGGACGAGUGUAAGCAGGAGCCGGAGGUGGUCUACGAGACCAACUGCCACUGGGACGGCUGCACCAAGGAGUACGACACCCAGGAUCAGCUGGUUCACCACAUCAACAACGACCAUAUCCACGGGGAGAAGAAGGAGUUUGUGUGUCACUGGGACGAAUGUUCUCGGGAGCAGAAGCCGUUCAAGGCUCAGUACAUGCUGGUGGUCCACAUGAGGAGACACACAGGGGAGAAGCCACAUAAAUGCACAUUUGAAGGAUGUUGUAAGGCCUAUUCCCGCCUGGAGAACCUGAAGACUCACCUGAGGUCUCACACGGGGGAGAAGCCGUACGUCUGUGAACACGAAGGCUGCAACAAAGCCUUCUCUAAUGCCUCAGACAGAGCCAAGCACCAGAACCGCACACACUCCAAUGAGAAACCGUACAUCUGUAAGAUCCCCGGGUGCACCAAGCGCUACACUGACCCCAGCUCUCUCAGGAAGCACGUGAAGACAGUCCACGGACCCGAGGCCCACGUCACCAAGAAACAACGCGGCGAUGUGCCCCCCAGGGGCCCUCCCAAGGGGAACGGAGAAAAUGAGGCCAACGCCAAGCACAGUGGAAGAGGGCUGGACGGGAAGACGGAAGCCAACAGCACAACCAGAGGAGAGGAGGACUGCCUGCAGGUCAAGUCUAUCAAGACAGAGAAGAUGAUGACGUAUCAGUCCAGCCCUGGCGGUCAGUCGUCAUGUAGCAGUGAGCCGUCGCCACUUGGAAGUGCCCACAACAAUGACAGUGGAGUAGAGAUGGCCCUGCACAGCGGGGGAAGCUUCGGGGACCUGAGCGCACUGGACGACCUUCCCAUGGUGGACUCUUCCACCCUCUCCCCAGGAAACUCGGCCGGGGUGGGGCUUGGGCUCCGCAAAGGGGGAGGGGUCACCAUCAAGCUGGAGAACAUCAAGAAGGAGAGGCUGAAGAAUGUGAGGGACUCAUGUCCAUGGGCCAACACCGCGCCUCAGGCACCUCUGGUCCGGAACAUUAACACCAAGCUGCCUCCCAUUCCAGCUGUUGGUUCCCUGCUGGAGAACUCCAAUAUGAUCGGCCCACUGGGGCCCUGCCCUCCCCAGCGUUUUGGUGACCUGUCAUCUUGCGAGGUGACCAUGCUGAACCAGCUAAAUAAGCAGGGGCGCCGGGACAGCAACACCAGCACUGCCAGCUCAGCCUACAUCAGCCGGCGCUCCUCCGGCAUCUCUCCCUGCUACUCCAGCCGCCGCUCCUCCGAAGCCUCACAGUUCGGCGGCCGCCACAAUAACAUCAGCUCGGCCGACUCGUACGACCCCAUCUCCACGGACCUGUCGCGGCGAUCCAGCGAGGCCAGCCAUUGCGGAGGUGGCGGGGGCAACCUGCCCAGCCUCCUCAGUCUCACCCCGGCUCAGCACUACCGUCUCAAGGCCAAAUACGCGGCGGCAACCGGGGGCGCUCCCCCAACACCCCUGCCCAACAUGGAGCGUAUGAGCCUCAGGACCAGGAUGGCCCUGUACGGAGAACACUCCCAGGAGAGGGAAAGCUCAGCCCACUCCCACCUGUUCCACCCCGGCACCGGAGCGGUACCUAGGCGCUGCAGUGACAUCGGCUACGGCAACCGCAGCGUGAUGCCCCACGAGGUCCCCGGGAACCUUCCCCGGCGAGCCAGCGACCCCAUCUGCAGGCCCGCCCCGGACCCGCUGUCCCAACCGCGGGGUGAGCGCUACAACAGCAUGAACGGUAUGAUUUUGAACGCCGCAAUGCCUCCCUUCUCCGCCGACCGCCGUGGCCUGGCCUCGCAGGGCUACACGCGCUCCGACGGAAGCCUCCACCGCCACCCUUUCGUCCCCCGGCCCCCCAGCAUAUCGGAGAACGCCGUGAUGGAGACCAUGGCCGUGGACGGGAUGGACCACGUAGGGGACGAGGACCUGAUGCUGCCCGAUGACGUGGUGCAGUACCUCAGGUCGCAGAACAACGACCCUGGCCAAUCAGUGGGCCCUGCCGACUACUCCGGCGGCCAGUCACAAGGCUUCCAAGUCCAGAGCUUAGGUUCCUCCCAGUAUGCUCAGCAGCAGCAGCAUUUCUAUGGACAGAGGAGGAUGGCUUUGGCGGACACCAACACACCCCUCUCUGGGUCAGGCCACCCUCCCCUGCCCCCCUACCAGAUGAGCUCUGUUUCUGGGUCACUGCAGCAGCAGUUCCCAGCCCCUCCCAGCAUGAACAACAAGAACAACAUGCCAGUCCAGUGGAACGAAGUUAGCUCAGGGACUGUGGACGCCACAGCUACCUCUCGGCUAACCAAACAGAACCUCCUCAGAAACAAUAACCUGGCAGUGAUCCAGCAGAGACAGAACUUCGGUCCCUUCCAAGGGGCCGCUUCCGGUAACGGCAACCACCAAGUGAUGCCAAUGAGUCAGAAUGUGGCGUUACACGGCUACGCCCCGAGAUGCAACGCCCAGAGGAUCAACCCCGCCCAGCUACACCAGCAACAGAGGCUGCCGUGUGGCAUGAGCUACACUGAGCAGAUGAGUCCCCAGCAAGGAUACAGCCAAGAAAUCGCCCCCAUCCCUAACUCCGCCGAUGGCGUCGUACGACCCGACUACGGCAGCGUGGACCCGCUCAGUAACAGAGCGAUGGGAGCGCACAGCAAUCCCGAAACGCAGAACUACAGGUCAAGAACUCAGGUUGAAAUCUAUCCCCUUCACGUCAAUCAGGUUGACCAGCUGGACAACAGUAUUUCGACUCAGCCAUUGGCCGUCCUCAAUGGGAACAGAUCCGGGAUGCAGCCCAGGCCUCCCCCGGAGCCUAAAUCUAUGAGCGGUAGACAGCACUCAGGGUCCGGAAGCAGCGUGCAGCAGAACAUUUUCCCUCAGUCUGACUUCAAUCCCAACAACACAUCCGAGGCCAGUCCCAAGAGGCCAGGGGGCUUGUCAGCCCAUAACGCCAGAGGUAACGCUCCAAUGUUCUAUGCCGGCCAGAUCCACAUGUUUGAGCCCAACAGCGACGCAAGCUUCAUCUCCCCCAUGUCCCCCUGCGCAGGCCAGGCUCCAGUAGGCGCUACGGUCGCAUUGGCGUCCCCAGGGGUCAACCAGGUCACCAGCACUGUAGACUCAUCCGGCUCUGGAGCGACCUCUGGCAUAGAACACGCCCAGAUUGACUUCGACGCCAUGUUGGAUGACGGGGACCACUCCAGCCUGAUGUCAGGGACCCUUAGCCCCGGACUCCUGACCAGCUUGUCCCAAAAUUCCUCCAGGCUGACCACCCCUCGUAACUCGGUGACCCUGGCCUCUGUGCCGGCAGGCAUCGGUAACAUGGCCAUUGGAGAUAUGAGUUCAAUGUUGACCGCCCUCGCUGAGGAGAGCAAGUUCCUCAACAUGAUGAGCUAAGGCCUUCGCCGUGUCCCAUUCUUUCGUCCUGAAGUGUGCACUGGGUAACUUUCCUGCCUGUAAAUGAAGGGAGAUGCUUGGUAUAUGGAAACUCCCCAAGCUCAUGCCUACUGUAUUCCAGUGCUUUAAAAUUUGCAAGUAGCAAACAAGUGCAUGCUUCAGCAGGAAGGAGAGAUUAUUGAGAUAACUCUGUCGUGUAUUCAGACCAUUUCAAGUAAACAUCAGGAAAAUGAACUGUAAAAGCACUGAUUAUAUGUAACAAAACCUUAUGGAAAUAGUUACUUAUCAGGAGAAUGUCAAUCAGACCUGUAUAGAGACAUUGCUUAUCCAGUAACGUAAAUAUUUGCUCAAGUACAUUUUAAGUACUCUUGAUGUUGAUAAAGUAAAUAAUAUUAUAGGCAUAAGGGGCAUUUGUGUCACUGUUUGAAAAGCCAUACUUUGUAUUUACACAUAACAAAAGACCAGGGUAGAAAACGCAUCAGCAAAUAAUAGUCCUUUGCUCAGUAUUUGUUCAUGUUUGUUACCCUUUAAAAAGCAGUGCACUGAAAGCAGUUCACGAAGUGCCUUUCUAAAUAUAUUCAAAUAAUAUGUGAACUCAUGAAGCAUAAAUAAAUGGAAAAAUGGAUCCAGGAAAAGGGCAUAUGGAAAUAUUCAAGUAGUAUUUUUCUCAUUAAGACCUUCAAUCAUGUUUAUAGAUAUGCCAUAUGGUACAUGCUUUAAAUUAUGUUAAAAGACACUUGAUCCUUGCGAGCUGAGUACAGUAGGAUGCAGACUACAGGGCAAUGUGAUGCUACUGUACAUGGUUUCCAUCCAUCCGUCUGUGGAGGAGCUUGCAGUGGAACGGGAUUCUUUGCCAAUCUAGAGGUGGUUUUCAUGGACCCACACUUUUGAGCCGGGUGCUGGACUUUGACCGUGCGAGCGGAGAUUCCUUAUUGAAAAUGAUAUGAAGUGCCGGACUAGGAUUAAACCGUGGAAACAGGGAAACAUGAAGCUGCUGUAUAGGUAGGAUAUGGCCUUGUACAGUAGGAUCUGGCCAUUCUCAUGAGACAUAUUCCAGGAUAAACCUAAAUGGAGGCUCUCACACAUGAGGCAGACUGUGUGAUGGAGAAGGACAGGGUUCCGCCAUAGUGUCAGUUACUCUAUGGAGACGCCAGCACCCCAGUGCCUGUUGAGGAUCUGUCAGAUCUCUAAAGGAAUAUGCAAGUACUCCAUGUGCUCUCUGUGGACAUGAUCACACACUAAUUAGUGGAUUCAUUAUCCCUCCAUUCUGACUAGAGAUGGACUAUAUGGAGAUUGAAAUGAGGAACAUCUUUCUUUGAUUACCAAUUACACCAAGGACAAUGAUAUACUGCAACCUCCUCGGUUUUUGUCAUCUGUUUGCUGGAAUUUAAGUAGCCUUACAGUAUGUGCAGGUAUGCUUGCCAUCCAUGUUACUAUGCUCAAUGUGUGUUUAUGUGUUGUGUGUUGUAUAUAGCUUUUGUACAUUGCAAAUACAGUAUCUCAGUUUUUUCUGUU